AUGAGUAUGGAAAAACUCCGGAAGCAGCGAAGUUUGCUGAAGGGAAAAAUGACUACCAUCAGAAACUUCAUCAUCAAGGCCACGACUGAGACAGCGCCCGAGGAGGUCACAGCACGUCUUCAGGCUGUGGAAGAAAUAUACGCAAGAUUCCAAGGAAUAUCAGAGCAAAUCCUGACCAUUGACGAGGCCGAUCCUGCUGAUCAGGCCGAAGACAAUGAAUUCGAUGAACGAUAUUACAGCACUAAAGCAGCCUUAGCACAAUUAUUGGACAAGCUCAAGCCACGGUCGGGGGAACCGUCGGUCAGCGGCACACGCGGUUCAGCAGGCGAUACAAAAAUAAUGCAAAUCUUGGAACAACAAGCAAAUCUAAUACAAAAAUUAGCUGAGCGUAAUGACAAUGAAACGCUGGCGCGCACACUGGAGCAUCAAGGUCAAUUGCUGGAAAGAGUGAACACGCAGUCAAGCACGUCCGUACGAGAAGCUCAUGUAAAAUUACCAACAAUGAAAUUACCAACAUUCGAUGGAAAUAUAGAGGAGUGGAAGAGAUACUCCGACACAUUCAAGACACUGAUUCAUGACAGCGAGUUAUCCGACGUGCAGAAACAUCAAUAUCUUGUCGGAUCAUUGAGCGGUUCAGCGGCUAAGAUUAUUGAGUCCAUCGAAAUCUCUGGAGACAAUUAUUUCAUUGCCUGGGAAUUAUUAAGGGAACGAUACGACGACAAAAAGGGUAUCAAGAAACGACACAUGCAAUGCUUACUAAACGAGCUACCUAAAAUAAGGCAAGAAUCGGCGGACACGAUACAGGAAUUGGUGGAUCACGUGCAAAAACAUUUGCGAGUAUUGCAAGCAAUGAAGCUUCCCACAGACCAAUGGGGAGAUAUAAUAAUUUUUCUCAUCGAGAAGAACUUGGACAGCACGACUAGAAGACGCUGGGAAGAACAUAUUGAGGAUAAGGAAAACAUAACGACAAGUACAAUGAUGGAAUUUCUUCGGCGGCAUAGCCAGCUGUUGCGACGGGCGGCUGAUGAUAGCGAGACUGGCACGUCAAGAAACAGUGUCGGCAAGGACAAUUCGGACAAACAGCGAACAAGCACGAAGGUACGAAACAAUGCGGCACUGGCAACAACAACGCGGGAAGGAAGAUGUUAUCUUUGUCAAGGACAGCAUCUCAUUUACGGUUGUGCGGGUUUCUUGAAUUUGUCUGUCGAGGAUCGAAUCAAGGAAAUCAAGCGGUUGCGACUUUGUCUGAAUUGCCUGCGACCGGAUCAUUUCUCUAGACAUUGCAGGUCCAGUUCCUGUAGGGAAUGCGGCGAGCGGCACAAUACGCUAUGUCACAUAAAGAGAGGACCACUCGGUUCAUCGGCGGAGUUGACGAGGAGUUCAUCAGAGGAUUCGAGCGAGGCAUCCGUUGGUGCCACGCUUUGCUCGAUGGCGAGUACCGAGGGCAGGUUGAGGACGAUCGACCUUAGAUCAUCUGAAGGUGCAUACCAUCGGCGUGUUAAGGACCAGCGUAAGCGUAUCUUAAUGGCAACGGCCAUCGUGAAUGUUGCAACGGCGAGCGGCGAUCUUAAAUUGCGAGUAUUAUUAGAUAGCGCGAGCGAGCUCAAUUUUGUCACGUCUGCAGCAUGCAGGAGAUUGAAUUUGAAUUUAGAUAACAUUCAAGAACAUAUCAGUGGGCUGAGCGAUAUGAAAUGUACGAUAAAUCACGGUUGUAGACUUUCAAUCAGUUCGCGAAUGUCAAAUUUCAAUUUAAAUUUAUAUUGUUUAGUAGUUCCUCAAGUGACUAAGAAUCUGCCGUCGUUCUCAAUCCAAUCAUCAAAGUUAUUAAUUCCUGAAAAUCUUAAAUUAGCUGAUCCGUUAUUUUUCAAGCCGGGUCAGAUCGAUGCACUUAUUGGUGGCGAAUUCUUUUUGCAGUUGUUAGACCACGGGAGAAUUGAGCUCGGUAACGGUUUGCCGAUUUUGCAGAGCACAAAGUUCGGAUGGAUUAUCGCGGGCUCAGUGCCAUCACAUUUGAUCGUCAGUCGUGCGACCGAUCGUCCGUGGCCGAGCGAUCAAGGGUGUUUAUUAAUUCAGCAGGAAUCGAUCGAGGAUACGAUAAAGAGAUUUUGGGAAUUGGAAGAAUACCGCGAUAACAAGAAGCGAUUAUCUAGGGAAGAAGAAAGCUGUGAAAAUCAUUUCAUAAACACAACAAGUCGAGACGCGUUGUCCGGACGGUUUGUCGUGCGACUGCCCUUUCGUGAAAACAAGCGUCUGUUGGGUCGAUCGAGAGACAUCGCAGUGAAACGAUUAGAGUAUUUAGAACGUAAAUUUCAGAGAAAUCCAGAAUUUCGCGAUCGAUAUGCCGAGUUUAUGCGCGAAUACGUUAACUUAAAUCACAUGUCUAUUUGUGAAACCGACAAUGCUUCGAACGCAGUAUAUUUACCGCAUCACGGCGUGGUGCGCGAGUCAAGUCUAACAACAAAACUACGAGUGGUAUUCGACGCAUCCGCAAAAACCACUUCCGGUAUUUCGCUAAAUGACACAUUAAUGGUAGGAGCAACCUUACAGGAUAGCAUAAUCGACAUUGUUAUGCGUUUUCGUAUGCCGGCCGUCGCGAUUACCGCAGAUUUACAAAAAAUGUAUCGGCAAAUAUUGUUACAUUCAAAUGAUCGCGACUAUCAAAGAAUUUUAUGGCGUUUUUCUCCGAGCGACCCGAUAGGCGAAUAUAGACUAAAUACAGUUACCUAUGGUCAGGCAUGCGCGCCAUUCUUGGCUGUUCGUUGCGUGCAGCAGUUGGCGAGGGACGAAGGUGCUCAAUUCAGCAAUGCAUCAGGAGUAUUAUUGAAUGAUCUAUACAUUGAUGAUAUCAUAACGGGAGUCGAUUGCGAAAAUCAAGCGGUAGAGCUAGUUGCACAGCUUGAGGCAUUGCUGAAUAAGGGAGGAUUUAGGCCUCACAAAUGGCGUACAAAUAGCGAAAAAUUAAUACGAGACUUGCGAGCGAACAAUCGAGCGGAGGAGUCGUCAGCGCUAGCGAUCGAGUCGGGCACUAUAAAGACGUUAGGAUUAAAUUGGUGUCCGAAGGCGGACAUGUUUCAAUUUUCAAUGGAUUUUGUGAAGAGUCCCGUUUCAACUAAGCGUGAGGUUCUCUCAACGAUUUCAAGAUUGUUUGAUCCGCUUGGGAUGGUCGGUCCUAUAUUGACUCGAGCAAAACUAAUUAUGCAGGAAACGUGGGUGUCGGAUUUGGACUGGGACGAACCAUUGACAGACAAUCUUCGUAAGGCAUGGGAUGCGUAUGUGGAGGAUGUGCGUGGGGUCGGUUCGAUCCGCGUACCGCGCAGAGUCAUUCAAUGCCCCAAUGCGAUGCGCUUCCGUUUACAUGCAUUUUGCGACGCGUCAAUGAAAGCUUAUGGAGCUUGCAUUUACUUGCAGUCGAGCGAUGGCAACGGUGGAUCGAGUUCCCUUUUGUUAUGUUCAAAAUCGCGUGUGGCACCGGUCAAAAGUAAGACCAUUACAUUGCCGAGGCUCGAAUUGUGUGGCGCUGUUGUCCUGGUUAGAUUGCUUCAGGGUGUGAAACGAGCCAUCAAGAUCAAGCUCGACGAAGUGCAUGCAUGGAGCGACUCUACGAUAGCUCUUGCGUGGAUCGCCGGCGAUCCGUCGCGUCAAAAAACAUUCGUUUCCAAUCGAACAGCCGAAAUACAGUCGGUUCUUCGGCCCGAGUAUUGGCAUCACGUCGACGGAGGUGAAAAUCCCGCGGAUCUAAUUUCAAGAGGUACUGACUUGACGACUUUAAGACAGAGUAAAAUUUGGUGGGAGGGUCCGAAUUGGCUGUCGCGUUUUGCGGAUUGUAAACAGCGAGAAGCACAGUCGCUAGGUCUUACCAAGGAGGAUGAAGAAUUUAUCCAGUCAGAACAGAAGUCGGUUAAUCGAGUUUUCGUGAGCACCGGCGAUGAAACUUCCGUCAUAGAUUCCUUGCUGAGAGGUCACUCUUCCUUAUCUAGGGUCGAACGAGUCUUGGCAUGGAUAGUCAGAUUCGGACGCAACGCGCGAUUGAAGCAUGAUGAACGUAAGUUUGGACACAUCUCCACAGCCGAGAUUCGUGACGCGCACCUGUUGUUAAUUAUAGCGAUACAAAAAACUCAUUUUGCCGACGCGACGGCUAAAUUAGUAGCGAGAAAGCCAAUUACAACUAGUAGCAAUUUACUAUCGCUUAGUCCCUUUGUGGAUGAAAGGGGAGUCCUCAGGGUGGGCGGUAGGAUUCAGAAUUCACAGUUACCAUUUGAAACUAAACAUCCAAUUGUUUUACCGUCGAAUAAUAAAUUUACGCAAAUGUUAUUUGAGAGAGAACACCGAAGAUUGAUGCAUAUAGGUCCACAAGCAUUAUUAUAUUCGAUUCGAGAGAAGUAUUGGCCACUCAAGGGAAAAAACAUCGCAAGGGGGAUUGUGCAUAAUUGCAUAACUUGCUCCCGCAAUAAACCAAGGCUGUUAUCGCAAGUUAUGGGACAAUUGCCCGCGGACCGAGUAACGCCAAAACGACCGUUUUUUGUAAUCGGAGUAGAUUUUGCCGGGCCUAUUACAACGCUACUCAAUCGCGGCCGUGGAAGAAAAACGAACAAAUCUUAUAUCUCACUAUUUGUAUGCUUUACAACCAAAGCAAUGCAUCUCGAGGCGGUCAGCGAUCUUAGUUCGGCGUCCUUUGUAGCCGCUUUGAGACGUUUCGCCGGACGUCGGGGUUACCCUCAGCGGAUCUAUUGUGAUAACGCAACAAAUUUCGUCGGGGCGAAAGGCGAGCUUACCGAGAUGUAUCAGUUAGUCGAAAAGGAAAAUCGUGAAAUAAUGGAUGAAUUUUGCAUUCCGAAUAAUGUGGAUUGGAAUUUUAUUCCUCCGUCAUCUCCUCACAUGGGAGGACUAUGGGAGGCCGGCGUGAAGUCGUGCAAAUUUCACUUAAAGCGUGUCAUCGGAGAAAGUUUAUUAACGUUCGAGGAGUUAAGUACAGCAUUAACACAGGUUGAGGCAUGUUUGAAUUCGCGUCCGAUUUGCCGGAUGCCAUCGACAGCCGCGGAUCUUCAACCUCUUACACCAGGACAUUUUUUGAUAGGUGGUCCGCUGGUUGCUCUUCCGGACAUCGAUGUGACCGAUGUGCCAAUUAACCGACUCGAUCGCUGGCAGGCGGUUCAGAGAAUUGCGCAAGAUUUUUGGAAACGGUGGAGUAGAGAGUAUUUAACCUCUCUGCAGGGUAAGACUAAAUGGACUAGCGAGCGAAAUAAUUUGUUAAUCAAUGAUAUUGUUAUGAUUCAAGAUAACAACGCGCCACCAUUAAGAUGGAAAUUAGGAAGGGUUAUAGAAACCCAUAAGGGAACUGACAAUAAAGUGCGUGUCGUAACUCUGAAAACAGCAAAUGGAACCUGUAAGCGAUCCAUCAACAAAUUGUGUAAACUUCCUGUAUCCGACGCGGCAAUGCAUCCAUGCCUAUCAUAA